AUGCUGGCCGCCCGGGAGGUGGCCCAGCUCUACCAGACGGACUUUGUCAGGAACGCCCGGGCCGUGGCUGCGCUCUGGGCUGUCUGCACGCUCUGCUUCGCCGUCCUCGAGGUGGUGGUGCUGAUCGAGCCGGCCUGGGUGCGGAGCCGGGGGGGCCCGGGCCCGGCGGGUGGCUUCGGCCUCUUCGAGGCGUGCCUGGAGACCGAGUGGCUGCCCGAGUGCCGGGGCUCCCUGGCCAGCCUGUCCCCGGUGCCCUCCUUCAAGACGGCGGCCAUCUUCGUCUGCAUGGCCCUGGUGCUGGUGCUGGCCAGCGUCUGCUGCUGCUUCGGCCUGUACCGCUGCUGCAGCCCUGCCACGGUUUACAAGGUGUGCGCCUGGCUCCAGUUCUCUGCCGCCAGCUGCCAGGCUCUGGGCUGCGUGAUAUUCCCCAGCGGCUGGGAGACGCCCGAGGUGCGGGAGCUCUGUGGGCCGAGGGCAGGGAGCUACUCACUGGGCCGCUGCGUCAUCCACUGGGCUUUUGUCCUGGCUGUCCUGGGGAUCCUCGAUGCCCUGGUCCUCUCUGUCCUGGCCUUCGUCCUGGCCAACCGUCAGGACACUCUGCUGCCGGAGGACUUCGAAUCCUGCGGGAAGAGUGAGUACCGACGGCCGGGCGCGGAGUGCGGGCAGCCAGCGAUCCACGCUCCCGACACGGGGAUUUAA